CAGGUCAGACGCGCUGUUGAGAUCGCUGGUCUCAUCGCAUCUAAGGAGGAGCAAUCUCACGUGCACCUCUUGACUGCUGGCGAAGUAAGUCUUCAUUUCUGUUUUACCAGCAUGAUUGCGUCGGAUAUAUUCUCUAAAAACCUUAUAGAUGUAGUCAUUGUUGUUGAUACCGGAGGCGGAACUAUCGAUCUCAGUACCUACUCCAUGAAGUUAUCUCCGACUUUGUUCGAGGAGAUUGCUCCAGCUGAA